GAAUAGCAAAAAAAAUAAAAAAAAGUUGAGAGCUUUCUUGGGACCUCUCAGCCUCCGUUCUUAUAUUUCACCGGCAUAGGCGGACCUCUAAUACUAUUUUCUUUCAAAGUUUUGAUUUUUGCUUUCAGGGCCUCCAAAUAUUACCAAGCAAUGGCGGAAUCAAAGACCAAAGUCGAAGAAAUCAAAAAAUGGGUCUCCGAUCACAAGCUUCGUACCGUCGGUUGUUUAUGGCUCAGUGGUAUUAGCGGUUCUAUCGCCUAUAACUGGUCUCAACCUGCCAUGAAAACCAGUGUCAAGAUCAUCCACGCCAGGUUGCACGCACAGGCACUGACCUUAGCUGCUUUGGCUGGAGCAGCUGUGGUGGAGUACUAUGACCACAAAACUGAAGCUACCAACCGAUAUCCGAAAUUUCUGCCCCCGGAAAACAUAUCUCACAAAGACUAAACUCUGAACCUCUCUAACAUGCAAUGGUGGUGGUCACUGCUUAUUCUGUUUGCUACUACAGGGGAAACGUAGCUAGAGAUGAUUUUUGUAGACCUUUAAGCAAAAAUUUCAUGUAUUUUUUGAUAAAAGCAAUUUCCUUAUUAUUAUAUGAUUCUUUUGAUACUUUCAGAAGGAUUGUUCUGUGUUGCAUAUUGCACACAAGAUACAGAUUUGUAAGAGAGAACAAACUAAAAGUAAUAAAUCCACGAUUACAUUUUUACCA